AUGUAUCGGCAGGUCCUGGUUCAGGAAUGCGACCGCGAUUUACAAUUAAUCCUCUGGCGCUCCAAUGAGAACGAACCUUUAAAGACUUUAAGGCUUAACACGGAACACAUCCGUCUCCUGCACGCUCCUCCUCAGCUGCUUCUAGCCGCCGUUCGCGAGACGGUAUGGCCCGUAUCGGGGCGCACGCUUGCGCGCACCGUAUCGCAACAAUGCGUCACCUGUCGCCGCGCAGCUGGCAACACUUCUGCUCCUUUGAUGGGCGCUCUGCCUUCUCAGCGCGUAACGCCUGAUUUUCCUUUCCUUAGUGUCGGCGUAGACUUCGCCGGUCCCUUUAUGAUUACAGACAGGCAUGGCAGAGGUUGCAAAAUAACAAAGUGCUAUUUAGCUAUAUUUGUUUGUUUCCGGUACAAAUGUUUGCAUUUAGAGGCAGUAAGCACGCUGUCGACGGAUUCGUUCAUACUUUCGCUGCGACGUUUUAUCUCUCGUAGAGGGCGACCUCGCGAAAUAUUCUGCGAUAAUGGACGUUAUUUUGUAGGAGCGGCCAAGGAAAUUAGCGAUUACCUUACUUCAAACUCAGACACGGUUUGCAAUUUUGCAGCAAAUGAGGGAAUACAAUUUAAAUUCCAACCGGCAUAUGCUCCUCACUUUGGUGGUUUGUGGGAAGCAGGAGUCAAAUCGGCAAAAUUUCACCUCAAUCGUAUAUUAGGUAACGCUCAUUUAACCUAUGAAGAAUUGGCAACUCUCUUCAGUCAGGUAGAAUCUAUCCUUAACAGUCGUCCUUUAUGUCCUUUGUCGUCUUCACCAAACGAUUUCCAACCCUUAACCCCAGGUCACUUCAUCAUCGGCCGCGCGCUCACUUCGUUGCCGUCGCCCCACCUCGCGGAUAUAAACCCAAACCGUUUAGAUAGGUUUCAGAGGCUCGAGGCAUUAAGACAGCAAUUCUGGCGGCGCUGGCAAUUGGAAUACGUCUGCGAGCUCCAACAACGGACGAAGUGGCGUGUUCCAGGACGAGAUCUUCAACUGGGUGACCUGGUCCUCAUCAAGGAAGAGAAUACUCCUCCCCUACACUGGCGGCUUGGACGAAUCGCCAAAUUGUUUCCUGGCGCCGACGGGAUUUCGCGAGUGGCCGAAGUUGCCACAGUAACGGGCACUUAUAAACGAGGUGUGAAGUACCUCUGCCCACUGCUGGACGACACUCAUGAAGCCUUGAAGGCUGACGCCUCCAAGGGCCCCCAGGAUGUUGCGGCUCCUACCAACGAAGGGGAAGCGGGGACCGUACACCACUAAACCAGUUGGCCCAUCGGCCGCGCCCCCCGCCGUCUCUAUAGACGCCUAG